AUGACCUGCUGGCUGUGUGUCCUGAGCCUACAGCUCCUGCUCCUGCCCGCGGCCCCGCCCCCCGCUGGGGGCUGCCCGGCCCGCUGCGAGUGUACAGCGCAGAUGCGCGCGGUGGCCUGUCCCCGGCGCCGGCUGACCGCGGUGCCCGACGGCAUCCCGGCCGAGACGCGCCUGUUAGAGCUCAGCCGCAACCGCAUCCGCUGCCUGAACCCGGGUGACCUGGCCGCCCUGCCGCUGCUGGAGGAGCUGGACCUGAGCGAGAACGUGAUCGCGCACGUGGAGCCCGGCGCCUUCGCCAACCUGCCGCGCCUGCGCGUGCUGCGCCUGCGCGGCAACCUGCUGAAGCUCAUCCCUCCCGGCGUCUUCACGCACCUGGACAACCUCACGCUGCUCGACCUGAGCGAGAACAAGCUGGUCAUCCUCCUGGACUACACCUUCCAGGACCUGCACAGCCUCCGCCGGCUGGAGAUGGGCGACAACGACCUGGUGUUCAUCUCGCGCCGGGCCUUCGCGGGGCUGCUGGCGCUUGAGGAGCUGACCCUGGAGCGCUGCAACCUGACGGCGCUGUCGGGCGAGUCGCUGGGCCACCUGCGGGGCCUGGGCGCUCUGCGGCUGCGGCACCUGGCCAUCGCCGCCCUGGAGGACCGGAACUUCCAGCGGCUCCCGGGCCUGCUGCACCUGGAGAUCGACAACUGGCCGCUGCUGGAGGAGGUGGCCGCCGGCAGCCUCCGGGGGCUCAACCUGACCUCCCUGUCCGUCACGCACACCAACAUCACCGCUGUGCCGGCCGCCGCCCUGCGCCACCAGGCCCACCUCACCUGCCUCAAUCUCUCGCACAACCCCAUCAGCACGGUGCCGCGAGGGUCCUUCCGCGACCUGGUGCGCCUGCGUGAGCUGCACCUGGCCGGGGCCCUGCUGGCCGUGGUGGAGCCGCAGGCCUUCCUGGGGCUGCGGCAGAUCCGUCUGCUCAACCUCUCUAACAACCUGCUGUCCACGCUGGAGGAGAGCACCUUCCACUCGGUCAACACGCUGGAGACGCUGCGCGUGGACGGCAACCCGCUGGCCUGCGACUGUCGCCUGCUCUGGAUCGUGCAGCGCCGCAAGACCCUCAACUUCGACGGCCGCCUGCCGGCCUGCGCCACCCCAGCCGAGGUCCGCGGCGACGCGCUGCGCAACCUGCCGGACUCGGCGCUCUUCGAGUACUUCGUGUGCCGCAAGCCCAAGAUCCGCGAGCGGCGGCUGCAGCAUGUCACGGCGGCCGCGGGCGACGACGUGCGCUUCCAGUGCCGCGCCGAGGGCGAGCCGGCGCCCACCGUGGCCUGGGUGACGCCACGCCACCGCGCGGUGACCGACGCCAGCGCCGGCCGGGCGCGCGUGCUGCCGGGCGGCACGCUCCAGAUCCGGGACGCGCGGCCAGGGGACAGCGGCACCUACACGUGCGUGGCCAGCAACGCGGGCGGCAACGACACCUACUUCGCCACGCUGAGCGUGCAGCCCGAGCCGGCCGCCAACCGGACCCCGGGUGAGGGCCGCAACGACACGCAGGCGGCCGCGCGCUUCCCUCUGGACCUCACCACCAUCCUGGUGUCUACCGCCAUGGGCUGCAUCACCUUCCUGGGCGUCGUCCUCUUCUGCUUCCUGCUGCUCUUCGUGUGGAGCCGCGGCCGCGGGCAGCACAAGAACAACUUCUCGGUGGAGUACUCUUUCCGCAAGAUGGACGGGCCCGCCGCGGCUGCCGGCCAGGGGGGCGCCCGCAAGUUCAACAUGAAGAUGAUCUGA